CGCUUGCUGUGGCGCGUCCUGUCUUGCGUCGGACCUUAAGUUAAAACUUCCGUAACCGGUUUAUAAAUAAAAGAUUCACAUCUAACUUGUCUAAUGAACUUGAAUUGUGUUAAAAGUGCUUUUAAGAACUUUGUGAAGUAAAGGUCAUGCUUCAACAAUCUUCUCAAUAAACUGACGGCAGCAGUGCCGGUGUUUCAUCAGAGUGGUACGAAGAAUGAGCCUCGAUGUUUAAACGGGGGCAAAAGUCUCGUUACAUCCGGGUGGUACUGAAGGCGGGAUCGUGGAAGCGUGUUCCCAUGAAAUUGUUUAAGUGGAGUAGAAAGAUGUCUUUGACAAAACAGUACGACCUCGUUGACAAUGACGAGUACGACACCAAGAUGUCUCUGCACCCAGAUGAGGCGUUCGAGUAUGGCAUCGCGUUUCAUGCUAAGUACAUUGGGACCAUGGACGUGCCAAGACCAACCAGCCGUGUGGAGAUUGUUGCUGCAAUGCGCAGAGUUCGUUAUGAAUUCAAAGCUCGAGGCGUAAAGAAACGUAAAGUGACCGUAGAUGUGUCGACGGACGGUGUUCGAGUAACAACCCGAAGUAAAAUUACCAAAGGAAAGAGUCCUGGAAAACUGUUUGGACGCAAGACCACAACAUGCAGUGAAACAAUCGAAAUAAUGCACCAUCCUAUAUACCGCAUAUUCUACGUGUCUCACGACAGUUCUGAUUUGAAGAUUUUCUCAUACAUUGCCAGAGAUGGCGCCACUAACGUUUUCAAGUGCAGCGUGUUUAAGAGCAGCAAGAAGAGUCAAGCUAUGCGUAUAGUACGCACUGUCGGCCAAGCUUUCGAGGUAUGUCACAAGAUGCAGACACCAGAACAGGCAGCGUCUUCUGCGGCUGACGAACAGGUCUCUGUGCAUGCCAGCGAAGCGGGUACAUCUAAAGCUCCGGCCUCAGAGUAUGCCUCUCAAUCUGUGCCAUCUACGUCUAAGGAAGUCGAUGAUCCCGGAGAAAUUACUCGGCCUACUACAUUGGAUCUCCCACUACCAAAGAAGGAUAGCAAGCGAACCCAACCCGGUGUUCCAAGCAUAAACCUCCCAGACCUACCGGAAUGCAUAACCAAAGUAGAGAUCUCACCAAUGCCAGACGAUGGCGCUACACCGUUGACAGCUCAACAUCAGCUGCAAUUGUUGAAGGAGAGGCUCGAACAACAAGCACAACAAACCCGGGCAGCUGUCGCCCAACUUAUGCUUUUGCGCGACCAGCUUGCCGCAGAACAGGCCGCGCGGUGUGAGGCACAGUCCCGUACACAUCAGCUCCUAGUUCACAAUAAGGAACUACUGGAACACAUUGCAGCCCUGGUGUCUCAUUUGCAGGAGCGGGAGAAGGGAUCGAGCCGACCAAUCAACGCUCAACAACUUACGCUUAUUCCUCAGUUAUCUUCAACCGCAAAGAUAGAUAGAUGGUUCUCCCUCCUUCCCACAUCAACACUGUCGCGGCCAGAAAGCGGUUUUAUCUCCGGAGUAGAGGAUACGGACACGGCCCUCGCUGAAGCUAAGAGUCUGCUGCUCCAUUUGGGUGUGAAGAAGAAACGAAGACUCCUACCGCGUUUUAGACGCAAGAUAUUAGUUAAUAAACAUACAUUACUUUAGCAAAUGACAAGCGGAAUGCGUUUGGUGAGAGCACAGUCUGUUACAUUUGUAUUACGCGUUUCUUGCUCCGAAGGAAAGGGUUUGCAUUUGCAUUGCCUUUGACACAAAAUCCUUACUUAAAUAAAUAAUGAAGCAGCUAUUAGAGACAAGGAUUACUUAGUUCAAUUCAUUAGUCACGUGAGACAAAACACUCAUACUAAACGCCACCUUGUAAUAUUUGUAAAAUUCAUGCGUAUUAAGGAGCGGUAUAGAGUUUUAUAGAAAUAUUUUUAAAAAAUUAGCCUUUCGUUUGAACAGAAGGCUUCUAAAUGUUAUAUGUCAUCUUCAUCAUAUCUUAAUGUAGUUCAAGACGAUAUAAGUAUUAUUCGUAAUAACAUACCCAAUAUACAAAAUCCAUAUGAUUAGGUAUGGACAUAUUUAAAUAUAUACACUAGGAAUAAUUUAAUAGGUAAUUAUAAUAAACAGACAAACCUAUAAUUGCGCCAAAUGCAACAUUUGCCUUUUUCUUAUGUCUUAUGUUUUCUGCGUUUCAGCGAACAAAAUAGUGAUCUCUUAUCGAAUAGUUCAGUUAUCUGAGACCAACUAAAUAUUAUUUUGUGAUUUUUAUUUCAUUCGGUUAUUUUAUAUUAUUAUUAAUCUAUAUAGAAUUACGAUGAUUGUCAAAGUGGCCAGGACAGGCCUAUCAGUCUGAAUCAAUAAUUCGAUCCCUCGAUCGUAAUAUUUUAUUGUCUGGAACGACUUUAUUAUCAGUAAGUAACGCAAACAACUAAAUGUCGUUUCGGUCGUGUUGUGUAUUUUUCAUGUUAAUAAAAAUUAUUAAUAAAUCAGGGCUCAUUAAUGCAAUGUAUCUGACUUCAAUAGCGAGUUUUUAUUUGGUAAGAAUCCAAUGUAUUGGGUUACAAAUAUUGUGAGAUAUUCCUCAGGUAUCUACUGGACAGGUGAGUCUCCAAUAAGCCACAUCGCCCUUAACAUAAGGAGGGAUUGUAGCCAAACGUCUGUCCCGUACUGUAUAACGUAUACACGAUGCGGAAACGGGUCCGCAAUUAUUUCUAGCUUUAGGGUGCCACACGGGCCUUACGGUGUGGCAAUAUAUUUUAUCCCUCCCCGCUUCGUCUCGCAGGUCACUAGUCCGGCGCGCUUGCGGUGCGACGCCGCGCGGUGGCACAACGCGUCGUGUUACAUGGUAUAGUAAUUUGUAUGACGUUGCGGCACCGCACCGUCAACGCAUCGUGUGAUAGCGCUCUAAAGGUUACAGAGAAAAGGACCAGGGACCUAUGAUUUGUAACGUUCGGCAAUUCGAUAGAAAACAAUCCACAGAUACAAUAAGCGUUUUCUUUUGUUAUGUCCAAUUAAAAAUUCGUUUUUAUAAAAACUAAUUGUGUAAGUACCAAAAAACGACGUUUUAGUGAAUAUUACUAUAUUUACUUUUAAUUAAGUAAACUAUAGAUUUAGAGUUUAGACUUAUUUAGGCAUGUAUUAAAAAGUGGUGUUUGACAUACGGGAGUCACAGUUCGUACUUAGUGUCACUGAAAUCGUAUUAAAAGGCUGACAUUUUUGAGCGAACUAACACUUAUAGGAGUCAGGAGUACAGGAAAUAAUUGAAAGAAAUUAUUUGACGUAAACAAAUCUAGAACUAAGGCUGCGUUUUAGCCAAUACUUUUUUGAUGACUUUGAAGUGAUCAUUUUUAAAUGACACUUCACGUCCUUUCUAAGUAUAAGUUAGCUGAAGUAAGGCUAUAUUAAUAAAAUAUAUCUCAAUAAUAAUUAAGACAUAC